AUGUCGAGGAGGGGGCAACCCAAGGACAGAAAGCCUAUCCAAGAUAGUCGACAAAACCCCGCUAUAGGAGCCAUUCCGUCUUUCCCGCCUUAUGAACCUUCUCCAGAACCACGAUCGGCUCGAAGGCGCCGGGUGUCCUCCCAUACGGAUUCAGAUUCUGAUCUCCCAUAUCGUCAUCAACGGCCCCGAGCAACACGCACCAUCCAUCGCGACCUAUCAUUACCUCGUCGACGUCCGGGGGUUACCGUAGUCAACGAGCGUGCACUGCACGCACUUGACACACUUGACACACAGCUGGACCGUGAAAUCCGCAGACAGCAAAAAGACAUAGACCGGCUGGAGGAAGACUUGCGUCUUCAUAAACUCAAAAUGGACAUAGAGAGUGAACGAGAGGUCGAAAACGAGAUUUCGGAGCGAUUAAAGAGACUGCAUGAGUAUGAAACGAAAGAGGUACGAAGAAACCUGAAGAGAGCCGAAAGGCGAGCCGAGGAGCAAUCCAAGAGGAAAGAAGAAAUCAAAGCUGCGUUACGCGAAAAGGAAUGGAAAGAGAUGAAGAAGAAGAAAGAAGAGGAGGGACUGCGGGCCCGGAUUAGGAAAGAGUUGCACGACGAAGAGAUUCGACGGAAAUUCGAAGAACGCGAACGUUUCAUUCACGAGAACAAGAUUCGGCGCGCUGCUAUUGAAGACUAUAAGUUGGCGGAAGAGCAGCGCCUUCUUGAGGAGGAGAGGCAGAAGAGGCAGCUGAAAAAGGAGUAUAGAGCAGCCAUUGAAGCGGAGCUCGGGUAUUCCCUCGAGCAGGUGAAAGAUAUUCUCACUAAAACGACAGGCAAGAAAGCCCAGAGGCAGGGUCGGGGGCGUAGCCAAGCAUUUUCUGCAACUGUUCAUGAUGUCUCUAGUGGCGACGAGGCAGAUGUGGAAGCACCUUGA